GUAGCGUCACUUCCUGAUUGAAUCAAGCGCCAUUUUUCUUUCAGGAGGAGGGUGAUGCAGCUUAAAUUUAGUGAAGAAAAAAAAAAAAACACUACUUAUUGUUUAUUGCUAUUAGGAACGUCGUUGACGUUUGCAGGAGCUGGAUACAGAUAACUUGUUUCAAGUUGAGCGGUUUUUAUAUGAGCUGCAGUGACACCGGAGGGGCGCGUGUGGGUUUGUGUACAUUACAGGCAAAGACAAGAGAGAGGGCGAGAACGAGCUAGAGAGCUCCCUCUUCCAGAACUAAAAGGAAAGGCAACAUGUUUCAGCUUCCUGUGGUUAAUUUGGACAAAAUCCGAAAAUCUAGGAAGAGGGUAAAAGAGGUCUUGUGCGAUAUUGGACUUCAGAAUUGUAAAGAGCUGCUUGAGGAAGUCCAAAGUUUUGAUGCAGGAGAUAAAUACUUCAAUAACACAACAUGGUGGGAUCUCUCAGAAAGUGAAUCGCAUAGAAGGAGACGGAAGCCAAGGUACCGCACCAAGACAUUCUGCUGCAGCCAGUGCAAGUUUUGUACAAAAACAUUAUACUCCUACAGAGCCCACAUACUGCGUUGCCAUGAGGAGGAGGAGGACCUUGAAACUCUGGCCGGGUGCCCCGUCUGUCCAUUCACAUCCCAUCCUAAAGUCAUCAAUCAGCACUUUAGGAUCUUUCAUACUAUGCCACGGAAGAACCAGACAUCACAGUCUGUACCCAGUUCUGACCCGACACCUCUAAAUGCUGUGGAUAGAUUCUCCUGUCGUAAAUGCUUCUUUCAGGACUCUUUGUAUUACUGUAUGAAGAAGCACAUUUUAGUGUCUCAUUAUCCUACCUUACUGAACAGUUACUAUGGGCAGCGAACAGAAAAUGAAAUGAAUGCCUGUAAGGAAAGUGGAACACAUCCUAUCAAAUUUUACUGUAAAAUUUGCAAUUUGCCUGCUGACAGCUCAGAGGCUUUGCUGUAUCACAUCUUGACAUCUGAUAAGCACAGAGAACUGGAGGUUCACUUAAAAGCCUUGAUUCACGAAAACACAAAAACAGGGAAAAGAAACCAGGUGAGGGUCCCACCGAUAGCCCCUAAGGUGAAAGUAUCUCAUCAGGUUCUGAAACUGUCCAUGUUGCCUGGAACGAGUGGACAACAACAACAACAACAACAACAGCAGCAGCAACAGCAGAUGAAAAUUGUUUCACUUCAGCAGAAUAAACUCUCUCAAAUCAUGGGGCCUCCCAGACCUCCUGCAAACACCGCAGGGGCAGCUGCUAUUGCAAAAGCUCGGCUUCCAAGCCCUCCUGUUUCUCUUACAAGCCCAGUCCGCACACCUGUGGGUCCACCAGCAAUCCAUACAGUCCCUGGAGGUGCAGCAACUCUAAUACGUGCUCCUGGCAGCACUCAAGCCUUCUACCCAGGGGGAUCAACAUCUGCUCUCAUACAGAUGGCCACAGCAGCUGCUAGGAGCUCACUGCCUUCCACCUCAUCCGUCACAGUCAAUUCUCUGCCUUCUAGAAGGACAACCGCUACCUUACCUGCCACAACCCGGGUUGUGACAUCCUUGGUACAGGCCUCUAGCCACUCCGGGUCCACUACUAUCAGUUCUUCCAAGCAAAAUGUCUCAUUUCAGCAGCAACAACAGCGCUUUACUGUGGUGCAGUCAGCCGUUCCACUUAACAAACUGGGGUUACGAGCACCAGGUACUCAGCCCCUCCUUGUUUCCUCACAAAGACUGAACCAAGCCAUUUCAGCUGUCAACCAACCUAAAGGUGCUAUGCUGGCCUCACAGUCUCUCUUUAGUCAGCUGAUUCCAACAGGCAAUAAAGUGAAUGGCUUACCCACCUACACUCUGGCACCAGUUCAGGUGACAAUGCCAGUUCAGUCUGGAAGUGUGCAGAACCUUUCAACGUUGCCAGUGUCGGUGCAGAUCCCCCAGGAAAAUACAGUUUCAAAGCUCCAGACAACUAAACCCAUUCAGACAGUCACCUGCCAGCCUAAUACAAACUCCAAGCAGGCUAAACAGUGGAUAACUUGCCCUGUGUGCAACGAGCUGUUUCCCUCAAAUGUGUACCAAGUCCACAUUAGAGUAGCUCAUAAACAGGCUCCUACCAAUAGCAGUAAUGCACCGCAUAGACUUGCAGCCCGGGCACCAUUUUUGAAGAAGAUUAAAGACAAAACCCUCAAAUGCCUGCUCUGCAAAACUUUAAUUUCUGAAAAAGGACUUUUUGAACAUGUGUUGCAUGGCUUGAACUGCCUGUACUGUCCUGCAAUGUUCAACUCUGUUAAACAGUUAGUGGAGCACACAAAUUCUGAGCACAAUACUAAACAAAAAGUAAAUAGUGAAUAUCGGCUUUACACUGAUGGCAGUGGGGAACUUGUUUUUCCCUAUUUUGACUUGCACACUGCGGCGUCCAAUGAGCAAGUGGGAGACAAAGAAGUUCAUCUAGCCCUUGUCACAGGAACGCUGGAGGUCAUCUACAUUAAGAUGCAUAUCGAGGCUGUUAGGCCAGUUUGCAGAGUAACUCAGAAAGCCCAGACUAAAGAUUGCCCUUUUUGUCCAGAGAAGUUUGAGAGCUCUGAGGAAUAUGAACUGCAUCUGAAGGUGAAACACCACAUAAUGCCUACAAUCCACACAAUUUUAAAAACGCCAGCUUUCAAAUGCAUCUAUUGCUGUGGUGUGUACACAGGAAAAACUACGGCAAAAGCAAUAUCUGUCCACGUGCUGCGCUGUAGGUGUGCUCCGAAGAACACCAAGGAUUUAGAAAGGACGUUAAAUCCAGACUGCAGCAUUCCAACAGUUGUGUCUGUGAACGGAGGAUCCCAGAGGUUAGUCAUAGUGCCACUGAAACAAGAUGCUCAGAUGACUUCCAAUUCCCAGGCAGACAAUCCUGGCUUUCAGAGUAACCUAAGGCUUGAAGUGGCAACGAGAGACUCUGCAGAUGCUAGUGUGAGGGAAAGAGAACUUACAGCUACGAAAAGGAAGAGGAUUGACUCCGAUGGUGGUGCCUUGUCUUCUGCACAAGAGCCUGUAGUGCAUCUCGAACUUGACCCCACUGGCUUCGAAAUGCGUGCCUAUGAGGACCGGAAAGAGUUCCUCAAUGACUAUUUCAACAAAAAGCCGUACCUGUCCAAAAAUGAGACUGAAGUGCUUGCAUCCCGCUUGUGGAUUAAUAAGACUGAUGUGGCUUGUCACUUUGGUUCCAAACGUACCAGAUGCUUAAAAACCAUCCAAAAAACCAAGGCAGUUGUCCUGUUAGGAUUUAAUAUGUGUGAACUAAAGAAAGUAAAACAUGACCUAAAUAUUGCUGAACUAAAUGAUGAUUGAACUGUUGAACUCCACCCCUCCUAUUAAAAAAAAAAAAACUAUGCUAGUACUAUUUGUAUUGCUUUUUAAAUAUACAGCUAAAACAAGUUACCCAAAGCAAAACUGCAAAUAUGUAUUUUGCAGCAAAUGCACUGAGGACAAAACAACGAGGACUAAUGCUGACAAACCUGGGAACUGACUGUUAAAUCACACUUGAUUCUCUUUCUGAUAAUGCUGAUGUCUUGCUCGCCAGGACAAAUUAAAGUUAUUUGGUCUGUGGAAACUCUGAAUGCACACACAACACAUUUAAGUACUAAUACACAGUAGCAGUCCUUUUAUUUUUUUUGUAUUAUUAUAAAGUGGGUCAUGAUGUGUGUUUUGUGUUUGGUAAAGACCAGACUAAUUUCCCCCUAUUUUGUUCUAAUUAUGUACAUUUCAUACAGUUCUAAUCCACUUCAAGACGAUGGCUUGUUAGUGUUGUGUGUGUUUUUUGUUUUUUUUUUGAGCGGUGACCCAUGUUACGCAGUAUAAUUCUGCUGUUUUCUCUUGUUCCUUUAACUUAAUUUCAUGGUUUGAUGUGAGAGGGAAAUAUAUGUGUAUGAUAAUUGCUUUGCUUGUGGUUUUAUGUACCCUUUAUGCUGAGGCUCAUUUUUAUAUUGUGUAAAUAUAUAUAUAUAUAUAUAAUAUAUAUAUAAUUUUUUUUGUAUGGUCAAGCCUUUUAUUUAAACACUUUAGAUUCACAAAAAAAAAGUGUUCAAAUGUAGAUAGGUUUUUAUACGUUUUUUGUUAAACAAAAAUGAAAUGCUUAACAGUUGCAUUUUAUUUAUACGUUUUAAAACAGUUGGACAUAUAUAUUCUGCUUUGGAUGUGCUUUAUUUUCUACAUGAGAGGGUAAAGCCUCUAACUGUAAUGUGAACAAUCAUGUUUUGGCUUACAGAUUGUAAUAGUUCUAAGGUCUACAGGGCUGAGGUGGAAAGUGAGUAUACUCACGGGCCCUGUUUUGUGGACCUCAUCUAAAAAAAGGUAACAACCCAGCGACCUUUCUCUUACUUUGCGCUGCAUUGAAGAAUGCUGCCUGGUCCUUUUUUAAAGUUAUUUUCCCUUAAAAUACCAUUGCCUCUUGCUUUUGAAGUCUUCAACAAAUGAGGAUUUACAUAAGACACAUCUGAAUUUCAGUCCAUAAAGUAAAAGAAAUGUUAGUUUGGUUCCACCCCAGACAAGUGCUUUUGUUAUAGAAUUAUAAAUAAAUGGCAGUAUUGGGGCGGGGGGUAGCGUUUUGCUAUAGGAAUAGACAAUAUCUAUUUAUAUUACAGUACUUAGGCACUGUUCAAAGUAAAAUGGUAAUGGUUUCCAAGAAGUAAUGUACCGCAUUACUAUUGUACAGCUCUUAUUUAUAUAAAUGAUACUUUAGGUUUGUUUUAUUUGGAUACAUAAGAUAAAUAGUAACUAAAUGCUAAAUUAAAAGCCUAUAUAUAUUUUUUAUUUUAUCUAUAGUAAUACAAA